GCUCUUCUUCUUCUCCCCUGCAACUGGCAAAACCCCCAAGCCCGACAGCCCUCCCUUGAAGAAAAACCAGUAAAAGCUUGGGAAUUUCUCCUUAUUUUCUUGCUCUAGAACCCAAAUUGAACCCAGAACCAAAUUGAACCCAGAAAUUCCCCCCCCCCCCUCUCUGCUGGAAAUUCCAGAUCUGCUCUGCUCUGUCUUCCCCGUCGGCUGCUCUUGCUUGUGGGUGUGAUUUUCGGUCUUUCUUGCCCCGUGAAUUGCCCCUGCAGAUUGCCGCCGGCUUCUCCCCCUACUAGGCCCGGUUCUGCAGCUGGAAAAUUUUGGAUGCGAAGUCAAGGACGGGGAAAAGCGAGGGGAGUGACGAGUUAGAAAGCUAGCCAUCUUGUAAAUUGAUAUAGAUUUAGAAAUAAAUCAUGCUCUUGUAAGCUAAAGUGUAUUUGGAGAUUUUAUGAUAUCAGAACAGAUUUUAAAAUUUUAUCUUCAGAUUUUGUGGUAUCAGAUUAUGAUAUGAUUAAGUUCCGAGUCUUGUGCAUUUGUGGGAUCCUCUCACGAGUGCACGGCGUCUGCCACGUCUCUGGAUUUGGGUUCUGGGGCGUGACACAAAAUUAUCCCUAAACAUUAAUUUUCAAUUCCAAAAUAUUUUUUUUUGUUAACAGAAACGCCAUGUAACUAGUUACUUUUUCCAUAAAUCAAUUAUUUUUUA